AUGGAGAUCACCGUCGCGGACGUCUUCAUCGUCGGCCUCGGGACGAACGACGCCAAGGACGAGUACUGGUCCGCGCCCGGCUUCAACGAGACCUACAUCGACGAGUACGGCGCCCUCAUCGCGACGCUGCGGGGGCUCGGCACGAACCCGGAGCCCGCGGAAAUCUUCGUGACGAUUCCGCCGCCGCAGCUCGAGGCCAACACGCUCUGGCCGGACACGUCCUUCAUCAACGAGGAGCUCCCGGAGGCCGUGGCCGAGGUCGCCGCGCGGAACAACGCCUCGUCGUUGGUGGAUCUGCGGCCGCUCUUCGGCGGCGACGACCCGGAUGGCUCGCUCUACGCGGACCGCAUACACCCGAACGCGGCGGGUUUCGCGCUGAUCGCCGCGCGCAUGGCCGACGCCGUGCGCCUCCGCUUCGAGCCGCCGACGGCCGUCCCGACGCUGUCGGCGCCGCCGUCGGCGACGCCGCGGCCGUCGACGGCCGCGCCGUCGCCGCUGCCGUCCUACGAGCCGACCUACGCGCCGACGACGUCCCACCCCUCCUACGCGCCGUCGACCUACGCCCCGACGACCUACGCGCCGACGACCUACAAGCCCUCGAGCCGCCCUUCGGAAGCGCCGACGGCCAUGCCGACGCCCGCGCCCUCGCCGCUGCCGUCGCCGCUGCCGUCGCCGCUCCCGUCGUCGCUGCCGUCGGCGGCGCCCGUCCCCGCGCCCACGCGCGCGCCCAUCGUCGGCUCCGCCCCGCCGACGACGGCCGAACCGUCCCCCGCGCCGACCCCGGCGCCGACGCGGGCGCCGUCGCGGGCGCCGACGAGGACGCCGACGACCGCCGCGCCGGCGCCGCGACCGUCGCCGGCGCCGAAGACGUCCCCUGCACCGUCGCCGCGACCGUCGCCGGCGCCGACGCCCCGACCCACGGCGGCGCCGACGGCCGGCGCCCUGUUGUGCUGCCUCUCCAUGGACGCGGCGUGCCUCGCGUGCUCCGCGGGCGUCACCGUCGACGCCUACUGCGCGGACCACCCGGCCGCGGACGGCUGCCCGCCCGCGCCGACGCCCCGGCCGACGCCCCAGCCCGUGUCCGCCGCGGCGGACGACGACGACGAGGCCGACAGCGCGGCCGCGUCGCCCGUGCUCUUCGUCGGCCUCGCGGUCCUCCUGCUCGGCGUCGUCGCCGUCUGCCUCGCCUUCCACGCCUACCGCAAGUUCCGGAAGGAGGAGGCGGCGGCGGACGCGCCGGGCCGCAAGGGGACCAUCCUGCGCGACGACGACGUCGAGCUCGCCGUGCGGGAGGGCGGCGAGGCGCCCCCGCCGGCGCCGGCGCCCGCGGAGGAGGCGUCGCGGCUCCUCGCGUCGCCCGAGUCCGCGGCCGGGGAGGACGAGCCCGACGAGCCGCCGCGGGUGGAGAUCGACUUCGCGGCGACGCCCGAGCGCCCGGUCCGCGAGCUGCAGAUCGACACGGUCAUGGCGGAGACGACGUUCCUCGCCAACUCGCCGCCGACGAGCCCGACCGUGGAGACGCCCGUCGUCGAGGCCUUCGUGGCCCCGUCGCCGCCCGCGAGCCCCGGCGCGGCCGCGCCGGCCGUCGACAGGUUCCUCGCGAACUCGCCGUCGCCGACGAUCGCGCCGGCGCUCCUCGUGUCGCCGCCGCCCCUGGACCUCGCGCCGCCGGCCCUGGACGUCGCCGACGACGCCCGGGCCGCGUCCGACGACGAGCCGUCGCUCUUCGUGGCCGCGCCGGACCCGACGUCGCCCGCGCCGGACUCGCCGGACGAGGCGAGCGCGGCGGCCUUCCUCGAGGAGGCGCUCCCGCCGCCGCCGCCGCCGCCCGAGGCGGAGGCGCCCGCGAAGGACGUGACGCUCGAGGUCGGCGAGGAGCCCGCGCCGGAGACGCCGCGGCGACGGCCCUCGGAGGCGGAGCCGGGCUCGCCGUCGCCCGCGCAGCGCACGCUCCAGGCCGCGGCGACGGCCAUCGGUUGGCUCCGCCCGGCGCUCUGGGCCAAGACGGGCUCCGCGGACGGCGACGCGGACGUCGCCGCGGACGCGGCGAAGGUCGCCCAGAUGGAGGCGCCUCCGGAGGCGCCCGCGGCGGAGGCGCCCGCGGCGGCACGCGAAGGGCCCGAGCCGGCGAGGCCCGUCUCCGCCGCACUCGAGCGCAACGCCUACGAGGCCGUCGUCGGCGGCGACGGCGACGACUGCAAGUCGUCCAGCGACAUCGCGCGCGACGUCGGCGCCCCCGUCACGGUCGUCCGCGCGACGCUGGGCGCGCUCGUCGACCUCGGCCUGCUGUGCGACUUCUACGACGCCCCGGACCGCGCGACGCCGGCGGCGGCCGACUCCAGCCUCGCCGGCGUCAUCUCGGCGCUGGCGUCGGUGACGUUGAUCGCGCCGGACAAGGCCCAGAUCCUCGAGUCCCUCGUGGCCGCGAUCGUCGAGGAGGACCAGCUGACCGCGGCCACGCGCGAGCAGAUGGCCCGGCAGGCGGCCCGGCAGCCGCUCCGCGAGGUCCUCGCGCCGCGGCGCGCGUCGCCGGGCCAGGCCCCGCCGGCGAAGCGACCGCGCGACGCGGCGCCGGACCCGCCGCUCACCGCGGCGUUGGAGUCGCCGCCCGCGCCCCGCGUGACGCGCGCGACGGCUAAGGAGGCGGCGGCGGAGGCCGCGCAGCUCGCGGACGAGGCCCGCGGCAACGCGGCGCCGGCGGCGACGGGCGCCAUGGACGAGGACGACCCGCCGGCGGCGCCGGACGCCAUGGACGAGGAGGCGCCGGCGGCGCCGCAGGACGACGCGGCGCUGGAGUCGGAGGACGACGACGAGGAAGCGGCCGUGGCGCCGGACGGGCGGAAGAAGCCGUCCGCGCCCGACGGCGGCUGGGCGAAGCACCGGCGCGACCUCGGCAACGAGCUCGCCGCGUCGCGGCCGGCGGUCCCCGGCGGCUACGACGCGGCGCCCAGCUUCGGCCUGCCGCCGGGCGGCGACGACGCGACGCAGUGGACGCCGACGCCGCUGCUCCGCGUCGUCCGCGUCGUCCGCUCGGCGACGGUCGAGGCCGCCGCCGUCGCCGCCGCCGCCGCCGCCUUCAUCCCGCUGGUGCGGACGAAGGCGCGCCGCUACAAGGUCGACGUGCCCGAGGAGCUCACGCAGGAGAAGGGCGACGCGCGGCGCGGCAAGGGCGGCGCCCUGUGGCAGGUCUGGAUGACGUGCGUCGCGGCGGCGGCGCUGGCGCAGCCCCGCCUCGGGUCCGGCGGCAUCUGCCUGCCCGACUGGUUCGCGGGCACGGUGCGGCUCAAGCCGGUGGACGUGCUUGGGCUCAUCUGCGCGGACGGGUCGUUCUACGUCACCGUCUCGGGGGUCUUCGGCAUGGCCUCCCGCCUCAUGAUCGAGGCCGUGCUGAGCGUGCACUCCAUCCAGCUCCUCGUCGCGCUGAAGAACGCGAUCGGCACGGGCUCCGUCCACAUCCUCGCGUGCCGGCACCUCGGCUACUACGUCAAGGUCGUCUACAAGGCCAGCGACAGCACGAUGCUCCGCUUCCUCGCCACGCACUGGCACCUCGGCGGCGUCAAGGCGCGCCAGCUCCAGCUCGCCAACCUCGCCUUGCGCGAGGCCAAGCUCUGCCUCGGCCGGGGCUACGGCAUCGCCUGGCACGAGGGCACGCAGCUCCAGUACGACGCGCGCAACGUGCUCUUCGCCGUGCUCAAGCGCCUCAAGUCCGCCGACGCCGUCAAGUCGACGUCGGCGAACGUCGCCUGGUACGGCGGCCUGUUCGCGGCCAUGACCGCGGACCAGUUCGUCGCCAUGGUCACCUUCUUCUUCGAGGGCGACGGCGGGUCCUACAUCAGCGACGGCAAGUUCUGCAUCGGCUUCUUCCAGUCCGACCAGGGCUUCCUCGUCGCGCUCCGCGACGCGCUCGUGAGCCGCCGCCUCGUCGCGGCGGCCGGCGACUUCCACGUGACCGAGACGCCGGCCAAGGUCGUCGGCCCCACGGUGCACAAGCGGACGCGCAAGGCGUACCGCUGCGAAGUCUACAGCGCGCCCGCCUGCGUCGCGCUCGCGCGCGCGCUGUACGGCGUCUACGAGGACCGCGGCGCCGCGCACUUCCCCAAGGCGCGGAAGCUGAAGCUCAUGAUCGACCACGGCAAGCCGUCCGCGGCGGCCGACGGCCGCACGUUCCACGAGGGCCACGACCCGCGGUGGACGGCCGUGAACAAGAACGACUACACGAACAUGGCGCUCCACUUCUACCACGCGUCCGCGGUGACGACGUCCGGCGGCGCGUUGAACAUCUCCACGAGCUACAGCCCGACGAGCUUCGAGUCCGCGGAGGACGACAAGGGCUUCGUGGUGAUGACGAAGCGGCGGAAGCCCUACAGCUCGGGCAUGGUCCAGGGCUGGGGCAAGUUCUGCUUCACGGGGGGCAUCAUGGAGGUCCGCGCGAAGCUGCCCGGCGCGGGCGCCGUCGGCGGCCUGUGGCCCGCGAUGUGGUUGUUGGGGUCGCUGGCCCGGGCGACCUACGUCGGGUCCACGGACUGGAUCUGGCCCUGGUCCUACGACACGUGCGACCGGAGCCUCCAGCCCAAGCAGGAGAUCAACGCGUGCGAGCCAGAGCCGCACUUCGGCCUCGACGGCUACACGGGCCGCGGCGCGCCCGAGAUCGAUUUACUCGAGGCCAUGCCCGGGACGGGGACCAUGAACUACGGCCUCAAGAAGCCCUACUUCAGCGCGUCCUACCAGGUCGCGCCGGGCAAGCCCCACGACCGGCCCAUCGAGGGCAAGCGGCCGCAACCGGGCCAGUGGUACGAGAAGGGCCUCAAGUACGGCCGCAACGUGUCCAUGAACGCCUUCUUCUACGGCGAGGAGCUCAAGCACAAGGCGAAGCGCGACUCCUACACGGCCGACGCCAUCUCCGCGAACCGGCCCAUCGGCGACGAGCACUUUGACGACUUCCACGUCUACCGCCUCGAGUGGCAGACCAAGCCCGACGGCAUGCUCCUCACCUGGUACCUCGACGACGAGCUCAUCUUCGAGCUGCCGCCGGAGGCCCUGGAGCUCACGGGCGCGAAGAUGCCCGACGAGCCCAUGCACGUGCUCCUCAACACCGCCGUGUCGUCGACGUGGGGGUUCCCCGCGCCGUGCCCGCCGGGCUGCGACUGCACGUGCUACGACUGCAUCGGCAAGGUCGCGGACCCGGCCUGCUCCUGCGGCAUGCCCGAGGGCCUCUGCGCCAUGCUGCCGGCCUUCUACGAGAUCGACUACGUCCGCGUCUACCAGAACCCGGACGACGACACGCACAAGGUCGGCUGCUCGACGGACACGAAGCCCACGGCCAAGUUCAUCGCCGGCCACAAGGAGCGCUACUUCGACGCCUACAACGGCGAGACGAAGCCCCUCCACGACCAGAUCGUCGGCGGCGGCAAGUGCAAGCGCGACGCGGACUGCGGGCCCGAGUCGGCGUGCGAGGCCAAGGCGUGCGCGUGCGCGGGCGACUGGCUCGGGCCCCACUGCCGCGCCUACCGGGGCUUCGACGACGUCGUCUGGGAGCACGAGCAGACCCUGGGCUUCCACGCCCCCUUCGUCCCCGCGAGCCUCGGCCGCGCGGCCGUCGUGCUCUCGACGAGCCUCGCCGCGACGCUCGCCUACCACGUCCUCAAGCGGCGCGAGGGCCGACAAUAG